AUGGCUAGGUCUGCUCAUAAAUGUGGACAACCAUACUGCUUAUUUCCCGUGGAUGAAGGGAUGCAAUGUGAUGAGUGUAAUAAGUGGUUCCAUAAGAUGUGCACCCGAUUAAGCCCCAUUGCAUAUAAAAGGUGCUCAAAGCUCAACUCUCAUUGGCUUUGUAGUUUCUGUUGCUCGAGCAAAACAUUGCUUAUCCAGGAAGCAAUUUGUCUCCUGGUGCUGGCUAAUAAGAAGGUUGGUGUGGGCUAUACUGACAACAUUGGUACUGAUGGCGAAGAUUGCGUUAGUGUCGUGAGUGCUGUCACGGCGCAAGCCAGACAUCUAGCUGUGCAACCCGCUAUUAAACCGUCUACCCCGAAACAAUCAAUGAGUGACACCUCAUUAGAAAUUGGUGGCCAUGUUGCUACAGCAGUAACCGGUGACCCAGAUAAAACAAUUACUGUCCCGAGUGGAUCUAAUGUGGAUGCUACGACUGAUGGAAUAUGGAUGACACGGAAACGCAGAAGAUUAGGAAAGACAGCUAAAACUAAUGACCGUUUACAUGAUAAGUCCUUGGUGGACUCUCAGACCACUUCCUCUAACAUUGUUGUGAGUCACUCGCUCGACUCCCAGGACUCUGUUACAAUAAAAACUAAUCGUAAGAUACCAGUCAAAAUACCUGCAUAUUACAAAAGUAGUACGACUUGGUAA